GGGCUGGGCCGGGGCCGUGUCGGGCUGGGCUGGGCCGGGCCGGGCCGCCGCCCGCCCCAGCCAUGUCCGGCCGGCCGCGCCGCCCGGGAGCAGCGGAGCCGGGCGGGCUGCGCAGUUCUGUGCAACAUCCACACUGCUGGCAUCAAGAGCAGGAACAUGGAAGCUGCAAUGAUUCAGAUUCUCUGGUGUUGGAGGAAUAUCAAUGUGGCCAUUCAGACCACUGGAUGGAGAGCUCUACCACGUCAGAACAUUCCAGGCCACAUUCCAGUUGCCCCAGCUGGGAAGGUAGAACUGAAGAAGGCAAAACAAUGAGGCCAUCAAAUAAAGAAAUGACCAAAAAUUCUGCCAAUCCAGCAGAAAGGGAAACUGAUGAGGUGGUCCUGAGGAGAAGACAAAAGCAGAUCAAUUUUGGCAAGAAUACCCUGGCAUAUGACAGAUACAUUAAAGAAGUUCCAAAGAGCCAGCGACUUCCAGGGGUUCACCCUGCAACUCCCAACAAGUUCAAGAAGUACAGCCGCAGGUCCUGGGACCGGCAGAUCAAGCUGUGGAAGAUAGCACUGCAUGCCUGGGAUCCUCCUGCUGAGGAAACCUGGGAUCUGCAGCCCGUCCGUACAGAACCUUCAGGUAGUUCCCAGGAACGGUUCUGCAAAGAUGAGGAUGUUCCUGGCUCCUUUGUAUUUGAGGAAAAGCAGAGAAGAAGUGAGUGUGAAGAUGAAUGCAGACAGACUGCCCACUCACCUGAGAGUUCCUGUUCUCCCAAUUCUUCUCCAGUAUGGAAACGCAGAAGAAGAAACAAUUCUGACUCCUCUGCGGUUUCAGAGAGCAAAAACCAUUACCUGCAGAUGUACCACACUGCACUGGAAAGCCUUACUGCCUCAGGACAUCAGGAUGCUUUUUCCAAGUGCUCAGAGUGGGAAGCCUUUGGUGGAAAAGAUGAAGUAAUGACAGUGCAACAAAGUAUGGAAAUAACAAGUUCUGUGCAACAUCCACACUGCUGGCAUCAAGAGCAGGAACAUGGAAGCUGCAAUGAUUCAGAUUCUCUGGUGUUGGAGGAAUAUCAAUGUGGCCAUUCAGACCACUGGAUGGAGAGCUCUACCACGUCAGAACAUUCCAGGCCACAUUCCAGUUGCCCCAGCUGGGAAGGUAGAACUGAAGAAGGCAAAACAAUGAGGCCAUCAAAUAAAGAAAUGACCAAAAAUUCUGCCAAUCCAGCAGAAAGGGAAACUGAUGAGGUGGUCCUGAGGAGAAGACAAAAGCAGAUCAAUUUUGGCAAGAAUACCCUGGCAUAUGACAGAUACAUUAAAGAAGUUCCAAAGAGCCAGCGACUUCCAGGGGUUCACCCUGCAACUCCCAACAAGUUCAAGAAGUACAGCCGCAGGUCCUGGGACCGGCAGAUCAAGCUGUGGAAGAUAGCACUGCAUGCCUGGGAUCCUCCUGCUGAGGAAACCUGGGAUCUGCAGCCCGUCAGUACAGAACCUUCAGGUAGUUCCCAGGAAUGGUUCUGCAAAGAUGAGGAUGUUCCUGGCUCCUUUGUAUUUGAGGAAAAGCAGAGAAGAAGUGAGUGUGAAGAUGAAUGCAGACAGACUGCCCACUCACCUGAGAGUUCCUGUUCUCCCAAUUCUUCUCCAGUAUGGAAACGCAGAAGAAGAAACAAUUCUGACUCCUCUGCGGUUUCAGAGAGCAAAAACCAUUACCUGCAGAUGUACCACACUGCACUGGAAAGCCUUACUGCCUCAGGACAUCAGGAUGCUUUUUCCAAGUGCUCAGAGUGGGAAGCCUUUGGUGGAAAAGAUGAAGUAAUGACAGUGCAACAAAGUAUGGAAAUAACAAGUGUCUUGAUUCCAGCCAGUUGUUCUUCAGUAUGGAACAAUCCUGAACAGAAGAAACCCAGCUUUUUUCUGCCUGACAGGAAGACUUGCAGAGAUGCAAACUUCAGGCUGGAGAGGUAUCAAAGGCAGCUCAUCAGCUGGGGUUUCUGGGGCUUAAACUUUGUAGCAGUUUAUUGGAUGGACAUCAGUCAGAAUACCCUGACAGAGAAUGGGAAAGUGGAAAUGCUGAAGAUACAAUACUGAGGAAAAAAAUCUAAAUACCAAGUCUCUCUUUGUAUAUAGAAGUAUUGAAGAAGGAAUUUCUCCUGUGACAGAAAGACUUGAAGAAUAGGGAUGUAGUCUGAGAUCAGCAGAUCAAGUCUUGGCAAACUGCUGCUGUCGUGUAAGAUCUGCACUGAAAGAGGAAGACAUUUGCCGUCAGCAUAAGUGCAAUCAACAUAAGGUGAAAUUAUUCAGGUUUCUCCAGACCUUUACAAGGAUAGAUUGUUUUCUGCAAGCUGUGCCUCAAGUGUAAAACUCCAAAGUUCAUGAAACCUGUUCUACAAUGACAAUGGAUGUUCCUUAAAGCUUUUGUGAGGACAUUCCUGCUGUGCCUACACUGGCAGGUGACACAUAAUAUAAUGUGCAUUAGAUUUCAAAGGCUGCUUCAGGUGAUGGAUCCUGCCAUUCCCUCUGGAGGUCUUGUUCCUCACAGUGUGCUGAUGCUUCACCAGAGAAUUGGUCCAGUGUCAAGUCAGACUGAAAUCCAACCCCUCCAACCAAGGAACCUCCUCUGCUCCCCUGGACCAGCCCUGGACCUCCAGCCUGAAGAACUGCUUCAAAAGAAUGUAGAUCAUUUCAGCCUUCUCCAGCCACUAAAGACAAGGUGUUCAAAACUUUUGGCCUAUUUAUUGUUCUCUGAGAUGUAUUAAGGUGGCAUUUGCCUAAAUCAGGUGAGAGAAGAGAAAGGAAAGGUAGAUGGUUUAUCAAAAUCAGAUCCAUUUCUUGCAGGGGCUGAGUGACUGUUAGAACAGCAGCACAGCUGAAAUACCUGGAUUUUGCUUUUAUGCGUGUUGCAGCUUGACCCAAAGAGCCAGUCUACAGUUAAAAAGUAGGAGAGGAUGCAUUCAGUGCCUGUUGUUCGCACAACUACUGGGGAUAAAUGGCAGUAUUUGCAGGUGUGGAGCUGCUCUUGUCCAGGCUGAGGGUUGUGAUGGUGUUGGGAUAGACUCUCCUUUUUCUAUUCUGCUCACACUGUGUGCAGAAGUUUGAAGUGAGAGCUGUGGCUACGGUGGUUUGGACUAAAGCCACGUGCCAGUUACAAGAGUUCCACAGUCCUUGUGUAGCAUGUACUGGGACACCAAUGGCUGCUAGAGCUGGGGGUUGUUUCUCUGCAGGAGUUUGGGUUUGCUUUCCCUUGCUGUGGGGCUGGCAGUACCCAGGGCCAAGAGCCCAUUGUGCUGCUGAUUUGGAAGUAAGCUGCUUCCUCAGAAACUACUCUCACUCCCAAAAUGUAAUUUCCAGGCAUGCUCAGGCAUUUUUCCCAACACAAGGGUGUAUCAGUCACACACCACAGAGCAUGUGUGUAUACAAGGGACACAUCUGUACAGCACUUUUCUAAGAGGUAAUGUUUAGAACCUUGUUGUUCCAGUGUGCAUGUUUCCUUGUGAUUUAUGAUGAUUGUAAAUAAGGGAAUGUGUUACAUUUUUGGCAAUUUGCCUUUAUGCAGAAGAAUUAAAGACUUGAACUUCAAACAUCGUUGUUAGUCUGCUUUUGCAGUUGUGUUGUCAGUUUGAUUAUAAAAGGAAUAUGUGGGUUCAGUAGUCCUUUCUUGUUUGUUCUAGGGUGUUU